AUGCACAUCCUUUUAGAUAUUAUACCGGAAGACUCGACUACUCUCUCGGAUUGCCUCGAGAAUUUCAUGGUCAACCAAAUCAACACAACAAAGGCUAGUGAACCAGAUCUCCUUGGACGUACAUGUCUACAUAUCGCAUGCUCCAAGGGUUUCGAUUUAGCUGCUGCCAAGAUGGUCGAAGGCGGCGCAUCGUAUAACGUAAAGGACUCUACAGGCAGGACCGCUGUCCACUGGGCGGCGCUCCGCGGGUGCCGAACGUUUCUAGCGGCGCUUUCAGAUCACAAGGGAACCGGUUGCCUUUUGCACGAUGAAGACCAUGAUGGCCACACCCCGCUCUCAUUAGCCGUGAAAAGCUACGAAGCGGCGAAAGACAAAGUAUCUGCAUUGUUCACGCUGUCAAUACUUCAUCAAAUGUGGAUGGAAUAUAAGUGUAAACUAUGCAAAGGAAAUCGAGGAUGGGGAGUGUUGCAUUACGCAUCCGCACUUGGACUGGCUGACACCGUCCAAGCCCUUUUAUCUGGAGAGUUCAUGCCCUACGAUUUGAGAACGAACUCCGGAGAAACUCCACUUGCCGUGGCCGCCGAAGAGGGACAUUUGAAUGUCGUGAAAGUCCUGUGCAGCGAGCCCACGGUAGAUGUACUGCCCGAGAUAACUCGGGACGAACGGCACUUGACAGGGCCCGGGACCGACAUGUGA